AUGGAGGACGUUCUACUGAAGCCACGAAUUGCUGCGGUAAAGACCAUAUCGAUGAUUGUUGGCGACAAGAUUGGACGAAUCUCGUGGAAUGCCGGACGGAAUCCGCCGUUUCAAGCACAGAAUCGAUUUUGGAGAAAUACAACGUUUCUACUGAAAAUCACGACACCUGACGAGUCGACGAUUGCUGAAAAAACAGCAACAGAGAUAUACACAACCGACAAUGAGAUGAAGAUUAAUUUGAAACCCGGUGUGAGCUAUUCUGUACAAAUUCAAUUGUGCUCUGACGACUUCUGCUCAACACCAGUUUCAACUAAAAACACGGCAUUGGAAGAUCUUGGAAAUGUUCACAAAUUGGCAACAUUCACCAAUCCGCAUGUUUUGGAUAAUACGACAAAAACAGUUUAUAUGGCUGGAGACCAUUCGAUGGGAAUUUUCAAAAAAGAUUUGAAUGAUCUCGCAGGACCUCCAAAACCAUUCAAAGAUGGUCUUUUCGUUGACAUGAUCACAAUAAUGCCAUCGAAAGCGAUAAUUGUGAUCGCUUCAUCAUAUCGAAUUGUUUCAUAUCGUUUGACGACAACUUUUGAUUAUGAAUAUUAUACUUGUGAAGAGCCAUUGGAAGAUUGUGCCGAAGUUAUUGGAAUUUCAAGCAAUGAUAAGUCGUCGGAAGUGAUAUUGUUUCGGGAAAAGAUGGGUCUUGACGCUCCUUUGAUCAACGUGCAACUGGAUUCCAACUAUACGAUUCCUGACGAAACCCUCGAACAAUGGAGCAGUGCCCAACGAUUUGAUGUCUCAAUUCAGGCGAUCACACCCUGGACGACUGCAAUUUUGAAUCGGACUGGUCUUCUUGCUCCCGUCAAGCCACCUACUCCGCCGACAGAUUUGCGGAUUUAUGCGACCCAACAGAAAACUGUCGAUGGUCCGCGAGCAAUCAUUUCGUUCUUUUGGUCUCCGCCUUUGGAAUGGAACGGAACACCUUAUCAGUAUGUUGUUAACUGUACAAAAGACGACGGAACAUGGAUCGGCGGGCCUGUUACGACAUCACAAUCUCAUUAUUCAUUCGCGGUCAAGUCCGGAAAAGUUUCUUGUCAAGCUGCGGCGGCGAACGAGCCGACGAAUCAGGGCAGUUUUUCGGAAGUCAUCACUAUUGAUAGUUCCGAGUUGAAACCAUUGGUUCGUCUGUUCGCCAUUGAUUCAACGAAUUCACUGAUUGCACUGAAUGAUCUUAAUAAUGCGGAACCUCGAAGAGAAAUUCGUCAAGUUACACUCCCAACUAGACUCGAAUAUCAAGCAUUGGCUUUCAUCGGUGAAGAUUUGUAUGCAGUCCGAAACGAAGGCGAUUCUGCGCAGCUUCUUCUUGUUCAAAUCGAUACUAACCAUAUUGAUAAUACGGUGCACAAAGUGUCGAUCGGAGGGGAUGUGACGAGAAUCGACGCAAUGACAUCCGAUUGGGUUGGACAUCGUCUUCUGUUUGUUGCGGGAACCGCCUUAUACCAACUUCCGCUUGAGCCAUUCUUGUCAACAUCUCUUCUGAAUCCUCACAAAUUGAUACAAUUAUCUUCAGCGACUGAUGCGAAACAGCUCACAUACGAUCCUUUCAAAAACACCGCCUAUCUCCUAACGAAAAAUGGAUCACUGUUCGCUUUAGACCUCAACCAAAACACAGAAGCAAAUCUCGCAUUGACAAUAUCAUGCCUGACUAGCCAAACAGUCACGUGGAUGAUGACCGAGUUUGCUUGGAACCGCGCGUCAUCACCGAAAAUCUACGCACUCACGUGGAAUGGAUUGAUCUACGUGGAUCUUGCAGAAGAUUAUCAGUGCAAUGAAGUUCGAAUUGAUUGGUCAAAAUUCGGCGAAAAAGGGCUUCGCGCGAUCUCUUCGUUUGCGAUUGCAGACACUCUAUUCGCAUUUGUCACAUCGUCCGAAAUGCUUAUAUAUGGAAAAGAGUCGAUCACUCCAAUUCCAAUUGCAAAUCCUCCGUUGAAACAGAUUCUAGCUGUCAGUCAAAGCAGCCAACCUUAUCCCGAUCGGAGUUGUUUCGAACUUCCGUCAUCUAAAGGAAUCGCGUUCACUAUUGUGAAUGAAGGCAAAACCGGCGCAUACCUUGAUGUGACUAAAUCGAUGCUGCCGUCAGCAUGUGAGAUGGUGAGCAUGCCGCAGACUCAGUACGAGAUCUAUUUUACUCGGAAGAACACUGACAAAGUCAAGCAUGUUCGAAGUUAUUCGGAUAAAAUCCACGUCGAAAAUGGGAUUCUCGACAAAGAAACGGAUUAUGACGUAACGGUUACUUGGCUUAAUCGUUAUUCUCCAGCUAGUGGAAUUUCUGCGACAAAGAGUUUCCGCACUGGUUUUGGGUAUCCGUCGGCACCGAGAGAUCCUCACGCGAUUCCUGUAACACCUGAUACAGUGUAUCUUUAUUGGAAUCUACCGGAAACUCUGAAUGCGCCAAUUUCGGAAAUCAAAUAUCGCGUGAGUCAACAAGCAGCCGGCUUAACUUCGCCGACUUCGAUUGCUGUCAUUCCACUGUCGGAAGUGGUCUCAUCGAAUGUAUCGUCCGAUUCGGCUGCUUGUCUCAUUAAUCCAUGUCGAGUGAAAAUCGCCAACCUGCGACCUUCGAAUGAUUACAAAUUUUGGAUCACAGCAAUUCAUAACAGUCAUCUUGAUUCAACAUUUCUGAAAGAUGACGAUGCAGUUUCCAUGGAAGCAUCAGCCAAGACUCUGGAUGUCCCUGGAACUCUUCGUCCAGAUAAUGUCACUGGUUCAACACUCCUUCUACGAUGGAAUGGACUUCAACCCGAGAAGCUGCCGAGCAGUAUUUCUGUGCAAUAUAAGGAAUCUGGCGAGAAUCACGAAUGGAUUAUACCCGAAAAUGCAACAUUUGAAGCUGAUGUGCCGACUGAACUUGUUCUCAUUUCCAAUCUGUUAUCGGCAACUUCUUAUGAUUAUCGAUAUGCUGCCACUUAUACGGGAACGUAUACGAUCGAUGGAAAGGUUUUGGCGUACAAAGAGGAAUAUUAUCAGAUAUCGCAGCAAGCAAGGACAAAAGCUGGAGUACCUACCCAGCCACAGAAUGUUGAAUCGAGAAUGGAUACGGAAGGAUGGAUUCUGACAUGGAAGGAGCCGAUCAGCGAUGGCGGUUCGCCAAUUACAAGUUAUGCUGUCGAGACAAGAACGAAUAAAACGGCUGAAUGGGAAAUUGCUGAACGGGGAUUGGAUGGAUGGAAGACAUAUUGGAGACCGAUCAGCACUGAUAAUCAGCAACAUCAGACGUUGGAGUUCCGAAUUCGAGCAGCAAAUGUCGAAGGAUUUGGACCGUACGCGUACACUGAGGAACGGGAAGUUGAAGAGAAAAAUGAGCCCGGAUAUUUGACAUACAUUCUUCUUACGAUUUUCAUAAUUGUUCUACUAGCAGCUCUUGUAUUUAAAAUUAAAAAACGGCAAGCGCAAGAUGAGAGAAACUGUAUUCGAUUAGACGUUGUCACCAAUUUGGCGCUUUCACCAAUGCAACCCCUGCCACCAGAAAUAAACCAUGAACUCAAAAAUUUGCCACUUGUCAACCAAGAAGAUGUGAUAAUAGGGACCAUGUUAGCCAUGGGAUCGUAUGGAAACGUGCAUGAAGGAAUUGCAACAGAAGUUCCGCUGAGUUGGGAGAAAAAUAUCAAAGUGGCAAUCAAAACAUUGAAACCCGAUUAUUCUUACCGAGAUAAAGUCAUAUUUAUGAAAGAAGCUAUUCUUUUAAAUAACGUCGAUCAUCCCAAUAUAAUUAAAGAACUCGGCGUUUGUCUUUCUCAGGGAUCCGAAUUUCUUUUGCUGGAAUUAAUGGAAGGAGGCACACUUCUCAACUUUUUGCGUGAUUCCAUUCCUUCUGAAAAUCAAGUAUCAGAAUUAUGUCUUCGCGAUUUGUUGGCGUUCUCUGUCGACAUUGCACGAGGAAUGAACUACUUGGAGAGCGGACUGGUUAAUCCGCUUCAAGAACAAGUCGAUGUCGAAAAUAGCGACAAAAUCAGAUGGUUGGCGCCAGAAGUUAUGAAAGAUUACAAUUUCACUUCAAAAAGUGAUGUAUGGUCGUUUGGAGUCCUUCUGUUUGAGAUUUUCAGCCUCGGCGAGACCCCAUAUGCGGAUAAAGAGAUCAGAAAGGUUGUGACCGAUGUUCGAGCUGGAGAAGUCCCUCAGAAGCCGAUUUACUGUCCGGAUAGAUUAUACAAAUUAAUGCAACAAUGUUGGGCAUUUGAUCCACUCAAGCGGCCUAAUUUCGCCACAAUCCUCAAAAUCUUCGAGUCAUUCCGCGAAAGGGUCGAAUUCCAAGACGAUAAACCAUUGCAAUAUCAAGAUUGCCAUUAUAAUGUGAAUUUUGAUGUUUCUCAUGAUUCGACUUCAAGUGAACGUGGCGAUUUUUCGCGCGAACCUCCAUCUCCUUCCCAUUUAAACAAAAGUUUCGGAGGGUUUGACAAUCAUGCGUAUGGUAGAAGCAAAAUGUAUAAAAGCAAUGAUCUCAAAGCAAAUAUUGGCAGGAAGUAUGGAAAGAAUUGUAAUGGCAAACGCCAAACGUUCGGCCAAAUCAAAUGCAGUUCGCUCAUUGAGAAAAGAAAAAGCAAAAAUGAGAACAGCACAGAUAAUCGAAAUGUUCGUCCGCUUAGUGUACACUCAACUGACACAAUUUCGACAGAAUACGGCGGCGGCGAACGAGCACCUUCAAGCAUGCAUUCUCCAGGAUUGUCAUCAACUCGACAAAAUCCUCUUGGAAUGCCAUCGAACAUCGGCCAAUAUCUUCAGCCUCCGUUCGAUGUUCCCAAAAGUCGUCUGAGUGCCGCUCCAGCUCUUGGUGUCAUCAACGAUGGAUACGAAAGUAGUAGUGAGAAAAUGGGAAAACGCGGAAUUGGUCUCGACGAGAAGUUGUCAGUUGAUGAGACUUUCCUUUUUCAGGAAGACACUUUAACUCCAAUUUUCUGCAAGCCGAAACUGAUUCCGCUGAAGACGAUAACAAUGCAGAAACUCGAGCAAAUGCAAAGGGAGAUGAUGGAAAAAUUGCAAUUUCCCGAAAGACAAGAAAAAGAGGAAGCAGAACGAGUUGGAGAAGACCAGGACAACCAAGAAGCACAGCAUCCGGAAUCUCGUCAAGAAACUGCAAAUGAUAAGAAGGAGGCAGAUGUGUGGACAGCAGAUGAUUGA